AGUCGUCGCUGAACUUGGAGUUUUCCUGAGUCUAGAGGAUUUCCAGAGUUUUUCCAGACUUCGCAGAGUAAAGGUGGUGGACGCGUGUCGUGUAGUAACCGUCGUUGUGGAGCGGACGUUUUCUUGUGAUCUAGUUGGUGGUUCUCUUGUGUACUUUUUGGUCGUCAGAGCAGACUUGUGACAUCCACAGACGCCCAAGAGUUCUUGCAGAGUAGAAGAAGAAUAGCGAACCGCGAGCGAGUAAAACUAUCGAAAAACUCUACGCCCGUCGGAAAGAAGGAUGUAAUGAAAAGGAAGAAAAGUAGAACUAUGAAUACUAAUCCCCCGUGUGUCCACACGAUACUUAUGUGGUGUAUGCGUAGUGUGUUCUGAAGCUGUGCGUGUUUCUACCAACAAUCUUUCGUUGUGCUCGUGCCCUACGGAUCUCCGCAAGAAAAAAAAAAAAACAAGUUGAAAAGCGGUUCACAAACUUGAAAGCCUGUCGCUCUUGGAAGAAGCAGAUGGGGCGUGUUGUCGUUCGGAUGUAAAGCGAAUGCGGUUCUUUUGUUAUUUUUCGUACAUUUGAGUUGAGUCUUUGCCGGAGUAAGGUGAGAGCGUCUGCGGUGUUCAGUAUCGGUGGCAGUGAAAACCUUUCUGUCCCCCGUCCGAUAUCGGGUGUGUACUUCCGCGGUCCCAGAUGACGCCAACGAUCCUGUUCCUCGUUUCGAUGCGGAUGUAGCAAACCAACGGAUGAUAUCACCGAAUGGCCAAUUGCGACGAUAAGGGGAUCAUGCGGUACAUGUAAAGCCGCCGGUGCACCAGAUCAAAAAAGCAAUUAGACCUGUGGUCGCGUGCCAAGGGCGCAGAGAGCGAGAGAGAGAGAAAGAGAGAACGAGGCGCGGUCACAGAACUCCUGCCGGACAAUUUACAUAACAUCACGGUGCUACGAUAGUAGGCUGCUGCGUUCCUAGGCUCAAAAUUGGUCCUUCGUAUCUCCUGCAUCCUCGGCUCCUGUGGCUGCUGAUUUACCAACAUCAUCAUCGCAGUUACACACUGUUCGUGUGUUUGUGUCAUUCGACGUUAUCCUGCAGAAGAGUGUGCGUGUUGUUCAACCGAACAAGAGAAAACGUGGUUGCAGAGAGAGCACCCCCAAUCAUCCCCCAUCGCGGUUGACACUAAAAGCACGGCGGAAAAAUCAGCAGGAGCUGCCGACGACGACGAAGACGACGACGAUUAUUCCGUUGAACUGCGAGAGCCGCUGCACUGAAAUGCCUUCCCUGCAACAGACGACAACCUACGAGGACUUUGCCAGCUCAGACAUUGCCAGAUCGCUGACGGGACCGGAUAUUCUGCAGAAACAUUCCAUCAACUCAUUGCUGCUGGAAAACAAUGAGAUCAUCAUUGAAGACAAUAUGUCCAUGACGGAUCUGCUAGGCGGAGGGUCGCAAGCAUCUUCGCCGACUUCGGUCACGUCCUCGCUGAUGACGAGCUCUUCGUCUGGUUCGUCGAUGAAAAACGGAUCCGGUCUCCCAAAUCAUCAGUUGCUGCAGCAGUCGCCGCUACAAGGUGCUGGUCACCAUGCGAACUCACACCGCCUGCACCUGAAUACCCAUUCGACGUUGGGGUCAUUUUCGUCACUCAAUUCUCUGGGCGUUGGAGGUGGUGGAGUAGUCGGGAACGAUGACAGUCCGAGUAGCAUCUUGAGCUCAAUCGGUUUCAGUGGCGGAAUAGGCAGUGGCAUUACCACCACCGGUUCCAACACGUCUGGCAGUGGCAUUUCCGCGAAUCCGUUCAACUUCGGUAGCCUGCGGAUUCAAAGCCCGUCUCUGAAUUCGCCGGACCUGGCGGGUGCUGCUGGUUUACUUGGUGUAGGAAUUGGCAUCGGCAGGGAUACCGGCAGUAGCAGCAGCAGCAGUAGUAGCAGUAGUAGCAGCAGCAGCAGUGGAGUGAGCUGUGGAGGUGCGGGCAGUGGUAGCGAUCAGUCCCCAACAGCUCACGCCUUCUACUCGCCGAAUGGCGGCCUGCCCGGAGGAACUGUUGUUGGUGGAAUCAGACCACACGGAAGCGAGGAAGUAUAUACGAACGGCACUGGAUGCUACGACGAGUUUCGGUUUGAUAAUGAUCUGAUGAUAGGAUGCGGCGGUGGUGCUGGUGAAGCAAUGACAAAACUCAGACGACGAAACAUUAGUUUCGAUUGUUCCUCACCGACAACUGGUAGUUCCAGCUCUGGCACAGGGACACCUCCAUCUUUAACUCUAAAUACGAGAAACAUUCGCAAUCAAACCUACAACCAGUUGUUGCUGCAGCAACAGCAGCACCAACAGCAGCAUCAACAGCAACAUCAACAGCAGCAACAACAACAGUACGACCAGAAUUGCGGCUCUGGUACUGGUUCUAUCGAAGGCUGUGACGGUUUUGAGCGAGGCUCAAAUACGGGAGGAAAUAGUGUUGCUAAUAAUAGUUCCUUGGCAUUGUUUGCCAAUGCCAAUAAGCCACUAUCCCGUCCUCAAUCACCACUUAGCUUCGAUAGUAAAUGCUUAAUAAAUAUGCUAAACAUGCUUACUCUUAAUCAGAGUAACGCUUCUCAGAACAAUCUCGCUGCUCAUGGUGAGCAGCAGCAGCAGCAGCAACAGCAUCAAAACAGCAACCAGCAGUUUCAGAACCAGUUCAGCGCAUACUCUAAUCUCGGUUCACUGCAACAUCAACAACCGAUGGCGUCUGGAUCCAAUUUUGGAAGUGGUGGUGGUGUUAAUGGUGGAAAUGGUAGUUUGAGCAAUCUCAAUGUCGGGAAUGGGUUCAUCAACGACUCCUGCCGUUCGUUCAACAACCUGCAAGCCAUACUGCAGCAGUGCAAUCAGCUGAACCAGUCAAUGCAUACGACAGCGACCAACAACGUCUAUGGUACCGGUGGUAACGUGAAUCAGUCUAACGCUGGCGGCCUGAAUGGUAUGAACAGUGGCGGGACCACUUCCGCCAGAAGCAAUGUGGGUUUGAGAGGUUGGUCUGGCCAGCAACAACAGCUGCAACAAUCGCAGAGACAAGGCUCAACAUCACCUUUGGCUAACUGUUCUCCCGGAGGAAAUGGUUAUGGAGAUGUUAACCUCGAUCGGAUCGCACGAUAUCACCGAUCGUCUGCCGCACAUUUUGAUGCCACUUGCACAUGGAGCGGUGUACUGCCACCUCGGUCAAACCGGACCGUUACAUACUCAUGUAAGAUCUUUCUCGGUGGAAUGCCCUGGGACAUCAGCGAACAGUCUUUGCUGCAGAUUUUCAAACCAUACGGCUCUAUAAAAGUUGAAUGGCCGGGCAAGGAACAGCAAGCGACACAACCGAAAGGUUACGUUUACAUCAUCUUUGAAUCGGACAAGCAGGUGAAAGCAUUGCUACAAUCUUGUACCUUUACGACUCCUGGUGUUGGAGGAAAUGGCAUGGCAAGCAACAAUUACGGCUCCAACCGUACGCUGAAUAGUGCUUCAUCUACCAACUCGCUCAACAAUUACGCCACGAUAUGUGACGAUGCGUCGUCCUCGCAACAGCUGGUGUCGAUGUCUAGUAUGAACAAGCCUGUAGCACCGGCAGGCGCGCGGAUUAACUUCAAGAUAUCCUCCAAGCGUAUCAAAUCGAAGGACGUUGAAGUGAUUCCGUGGAACAUUGCGGACUCGAACUAUGUUAAGUCGGCCUCACAAAAACUCGAUCCUGCCAAGACGGUGUUCGUUGGGGCACUGCAUGGUCAGCUUACGGCGGAAGGAUUGGCGAAGAUUAUGAACGAUCUGUUUGAUGGUGUUGUGUACGUGGGAAUCGAUACGGAUAAGUACAAGUAUCCGCUAGGGUCGGCUCGCGUCACGUUCAACAAUUCUCGCUCCUAUAUGAAGGCGGUUGUGGCAGCCUUUAUAGAAAUUCGGACCGCCAAGUUCACCAAGAAGCUGCAAGUGGAUCCCUACCUCGAAGACUCCCUGUGCUCAGUGUGCUCGGUACAACACGGACCAUACUUUUGUCGUGAAAUCAUGUGCUUCAGAUAUUUCUGCCGUUCGUGUUGGCAGUUUCAACAUAAUCGAGAAGCGCAGCUACAGAACCAUAAGCCACUGACGAGAAAUUCCAAAUCGACUACGAUCAUCGGUGUUGGACCACAGUCAUCACAGACAGCAAACAACCAUUCGCAUCACCAGCAGAGCAACUCUUUCGAUCAUGCCACCUACCAUAACGGUGGCCAUCAGCAUCAUCAUUUCAAUAACAGCGGCGGAGGCACGGUAGGUCAUCAUCAGCCAAAUUCGACACUCGCAUCCCACAACCAAUAUCAUCACGCGAACAACCAUCAUCCUCAUCACGGUUCUGGUUUCUGUGGAAAUACGGGAAAUGGUAGUAGUGGGGGGUACUUUGGUCAUCAUCAACCGUAUCAAUCGCAACAGCAACAGCAACAACAAGCUAGCCGUUUGAGUUUGCUGCAGCAGCGAUACCGUGAUUCAUUGAAAUCACCUUCCCCUUCAUGCAAUGGACUCGGCAACAGUACAGGAAACAACAAUGGCAACAGCAGCAGCCCGGUUACCAUCAACAGCCUAAGCUCGGCCAGCAUUCACAACAACGGUAAUGCUACUAAUCUAAAGACAUGUGCCAGUAGUGCCGGGGGUGAUGCCAAUGAUGUAUGCUAAAUCUGCUGCAUCCGUUUGUUGGCGAGAAUAGAAUCAUCGUGCCUAGUUCGGGAUGUUGACGGUAGUGAUGAUGUUGGAGAUAGCAGUUGAUCGAUUGCGGAAGGACAUCUUUAACUGGUU